AUGACCCGAUAUUCGGAGGGCAGCGAGGCUCCCACAGUCAUUGUGAUGACUCUGUUUCUCGUGGUCACUUUGAUUUCGGGUUCGCUGGCCUGUUUCGGGACCAAAUGGUGGAAGUUUGGGCAUCUUUUUCACGAUGACUAUUAUCUCAUCCUUGCGCUGGUAGGUCACGGCACGAAAAUUGACACUGUUCUUGUUUCGCAUGAUUGUUUGGGCAUUGUCACCAUUAGCACACCGAAGUUCAUCCCGUUCUUGAGGCAACUGCAAUUGAGCGGCAUGCGACUUGACGGCAUGCGACUUGACGGCAUGACCCGCUACACAGUGUCCAGUCAUGCGCAAUCGUCGCGCACCAAAUACUUCCUGUUGAGCAGGGACCGAAGGCGCACAGACAACGAGUCCGCUCACGAGCUUGACUGA